CAGGAAGCAGAGGCCAAGUGGAACAGAGAGCAGGAAACCGUCAUGGCCACUCUGAGUGUAAAGCCAGGCCAGAGGUUCACACUGCCAGAUUGGCAUACCAAUUCUGACCUCCUCUCGAGCAACGCUGAGCGCCAACGCUCCGCUUCCCACCAGAUCAGGCAAGAAGCCCGGAUCCUUCGCAAUGAAACAAAUAACCAGACAAAAUGGGAUGAGUACGACAACCGCACACGGCUUAAUGAGCGUCUUGACAUUGUCAAUCGAUGGAAAGAAACUCUGGAUAAGUGCCUCACCGACCUUGACACAGAAAUCAAUAGCUUGACUCAAAUGAAGGAGGCAGCAGAACGUGCCCUUCAAGCUAAAAACCUGCCGUUGGAUGUGGCCAUUGAAAAUCUCACUUACCGCGAGAGUCGCCGAGCCAUUGAUGUAGUGAAGGACCAUGUGGAGGAUGAGCUGCACAAGGAAGUGGAAGUGAUUGAUGCUAUCAAGAGAGACCUUCAGCAGAAAGUCAGUGAGGGUUUUGAGCAGCUCUGCCUCUUGCAGGAGGCCCGGCAGCAGUUAAAUUUUGAUCACCGAGGGAAGAAGGAAGCCCUGGAGAUCGACCAGACCUGUGUUUCUCUCAGUGUCAACUCUCCCAAUAUCUCCUACAAAGUCAACCCCACUCGGCUGCCAAUUGGAACAAUCACACCGGAGCAGUGGGACCAGUUCAGUCAAUACAACAAGGAUCGGGCAGAGAUGGAAAUGAAAGCCUCCACAGAGUUGAGAGAGGCCAUCGCUCUCACCAUUGCGCAGACCGACAAUGAGUUAGAAGCUCAACGUGUCGCUACCGAAUUUGCUUUCCGGAAGAGGAUCCAUGAACUGGAAAAAGCUCUUGACGAGCUGAGAUGGCAAGAAAAGAACACAUUGGAAGAAAUUGCUGACAUGGAGGAGGACAUUCGACGUCUGGAGGAAGAUCUCCGAAGGAAAAUGGCCAGUCUGAAAUUGGUUCACACUCGCCUGGAGACUCGGACUUACCGUCCCAACAUGGAGCUUUGCCGUGACCAGGCUCAACAUGGAUUAACAGAUGAAGUUCAUCAACUAGAAGGCACAAUAGCUGCAUUAAAGCAAAAAAUGGCACAGUCACAGGAUGCUUUGGAUGCCCUCUAUAAGCACCUGUACCGCAUCCAGACAGAUAUUUCCUGCAAGAUGAACUCUCUGGUGUUGGAUAACAAAUGCAUGGAUGGCAGGCGAAAGCUGACGGUUCCGGCUGAGAGAUUUGUGCCAGAGGUGGACACUUUCAACCGCACCACCAACCGUACUCUCUCGCCCCUCAAAAGCCGGCAACUGGAGCUGGCCUAGGAUAACUGAGAACAUUGUAGACCUUUGCAGGAUUGACCUCCAACCAAGCCAGGCUACGGUCUGCGCUGGUUUAGAACGACUCAAGUCAUCCUCUCCUUGCCCCUUCCCAGAGUUGUGUAUUUGCCCUUUAUUUGAUUCUCACAGCUUUGGUAUAUUGCAUGAAAAAAGGUUGGAUAACUAAUUAAAAAGGCUGCCCUUGGUGUCGUCAAGCCAUUAAGAUUCAUGAGUGGUUUUUGAUGCUACUUGAGAUUUCUGACAAGCUUGCUUCAACUUGUGCACAGCUAGACAUUUCAUCAAUGCCAGGUGCUAGAGA